AAGGGCGAUCAGCGGACAACAGGUUUUUUUGUUACUCAGAGGUACAGUACAUACUCCGUACUUCCAUACCGGGUUCGGGAAACCGUUUCAUUGCUGCUGCUCCAACUUGUACGAGGUCAUCAACUCAUUCCCAUUGUUGUUCUCGACCACCCCUGGCUUGCCUUGAACGACCGCAGAAAUCCGACUUGGAUCAUGUGCCUCCCAUGAGGGCCAGCGCGAUUCGUGACAAAGAGAAACUGGUCCGCCGGGGAACGAGAACGGCCGGAUGACGAUCGAUUUAGCCAGGGAAGCGUCAAAAAUAACACGCCCAGAGGCCGGAAUCUAUUCCGGCCUCUGUCUAUAUAGGCGCACGGUUCGACUGCCCCCAACACAACAUGUCCGGCGCCGCUGCCCCGGCUUUCAUCUCCGACAUUCAGCACCUGAGCAAGAUUCCUUGGUGAUCUCUGCCGUCAUAUCCAUCUUCUCGAAACCACACAGCCCUUGUCGUUAUCAUCAUCGUCACCGUUGUGGCCGUUGUCAUCGUCGUCGACCUCCUCCUCAUCCACAUCCUCAUCCACAUCCUCAUCCUUCUUCCUCUGCCGCCAUGGGUUCCCUAGGACACACCGUCCCCCCUUUCCCCGUCUUGGAAGACACCCGCCCGGACGACAGGUCCCUCCCGGCCUUCAUGGUGUCCACCACCCGGGGUUUUCUCCCUCGCAUGGACCCGAUCGAGACCCUGCCGCCCGACUUUGACGCCCUCGAGUCCAUCCUCCAGCGGAUGCCCGUCAAGACGCUGUCGGGCGAGCCCGGUCUGCUGGCCCACGGCAAGCUGGGCGAGACCGUCGACCGGGAGCUGCCUGACUUGACCGACGCCAUCGACAAGUAUAAGGACGACCUGCCCCUGAUGAACGCCCUGUACCGCGACUACUCCUUCCUGGCCUCCGCCUACCUGCUCGAGCCCUGCCACGAGCGCUUCGUCAGGGGAGAGGGCUACGGCCUGGCGCGCGACGUGCUGCCGGCCAACAUUGCGCGGCCCAUCGCCAAGUGUGCUGCUCUCUGCAACUUCAAACCCUUCAUGGAAUACGCCGGCUCCUACGCCCUCUUCAACUACCGCCUCGUCGACCCUUCCAAGGGUCUCGCCUCCGACAACCUCCGCCUGAUCCGCGCCUUCGAGCACGGCCUGGACCCUUCCUCUUCCGAGGCCGGCUUCGUGCUCGUCCACAUCGAGAUGGUCAAGCACUCGGGCCCGCUGGUCGCCGGCGCCGUCGCCUGCAUCGACGCCUGCUCCUCCCCGUCCUCCUCCUCCUCCUCAUCCCACCGCCGCUCCAGGGCGGAGCUCAACGAGGGGCUGCGCACCGUCCUAGCCGCGCUGCGCCGGAUCAACGCCACCAUGGAGACCAUGUGGUCGCGCUCGCGCCCGGCCGACUACACCUCGUUCCGCACCUUCAUCUUCGGCAUCGCCUCGCAGUCCAUGUUCCCCCGCGGCGUCCUCUACGAGGGUGUCGAGCUGUCCGACGACGACGGCGACUACUACUACAAGGACGGCGGGGAGGAGGAGCAGCAGCAGCAGCAGCAGCAGCAGCAGCAGGACGGCAGGCGGGAGGGGGGGCGGCGCGUCGCCUUCCGCGGGGAGAGCGGCGCCAACGACUCCAUGAUCCCCCUCGUCGACAACCUGCUGUCCAUUCCCAUGCCCGACACCCCGCUGACCGAGAUCCUCCGGGACUUCCGGUCCUACCGCCCCGGCGAGCACCGCCGCUUCCUCGAGUGGGUCGCCCGGGCCGCCGAGGAGGGCGGGCUCAAGGCGUGGGCCCUGGGGCUGGAUGGCGGAGAGGAGGCUGAAGGGGAGGUGGAGGACGAGAAGAGGGAGACGCGGGCGCUGUGGAUCCAGGUGCUCAACCAGGUGCGGGAUUUCCGGUGGCGGCACUGGUGCUUCGCGAGGGAGUACAUCAUCAAGAGGACGAGCCACCCGACCGCGACGGGGGGCAGCCCCAUCGUCACCUGGCUGCCGAACCAGCUGGCCGCCGUCAUGGACGAGAUGGUGAGGUUGUAUGAGCGGGUGGGUGGCGCGGGACUGGGCGCCGAGGUCGAGGACAUCAUGGAACUGGUCGGCAGGCAGCGCGAAACGUUGCGCAAGGAGGUGCGCAAGUUUUGCGAGGAGCGCGGCGUCAAGGAGUUUGUCCCUGCGUAGAGAAGGAAAGAAAAAAAAAGAUGAAAAAGGGACAAGAAGAUGAAGAAAGACAAUAGUUAUCACCAGCCUUCGUUCAACCCCU